AGUAUAGCCUUAAAUAGCAACUUCCGAAACUAUGGACGCCAACAUUUCGCUAAGCAUUGGAUGACAUGAAAAAGAUAUAAAAAAGCAAAAAGGUGGGUAAUUAUAAGGUUUUAGGAGAAAGGUUUACCAGGUUGGUUACAUAGCUUUAAUUAUAAUUAUAUUCUUGAAAUAAAUUAGUUCCUUUACCUUUUACACCGAGUGUAAGUGUGUGUUAGUGUUAGACAAGACAAGCGUCUGUCAAGCGUACCCUAACUGAGUCAGACCAGACGCACUCGUGCGUGACCCAGAUUCAGAUCAAGUCAAGUUUUACUAUUAUAAAUUGUGAAUAAAUGAGACUUAACGCGUUUCUUUGAUUUUUAUUGUUUUAUUUUUAUCUCUAAAUGUCCUGAUGAUUAAGGAACUAGUCUACUCUACAUUAACUAUAAUAAAUGAUAGAAAUACCUAUGACUAUAUUUAUCAGCUAUCAUUGACUAUCUUACUUAUCUGACUAUCAUAUUAUAUUCAUAGUAACUAGAAUCAUAGUCUAGGUAGGUCUACUAACUAUAUAACUUAUAUACUGUAUAAUAUUAAAAAUUAAUAUGAUAAUAUCAUAAGAAAAGACCAGACAUGUCUUUCUAUCCAUAUUUUUUUUCUGUUUGGAAUGCUCAGCGCCAGUGGGAAAGCUAGCGCUUUUGCUUCACAAGUGUUUAUAUCGAGUAAACAACACUAAACUAAUCGUUUUCAUCAUAUAACUUUAAUUAAGAAAACAAAAGUUGUCAUAUUUUUUAAUGAAUGAAAGUGUUAGUAAAACAAGUGUUGAGGCUGGUAAGAUCAAUUACCUUUUUGAUGAAUUUUUAAUGAUAUUUUAAAUCUGAUAUUACAGUGGCACUUCCUUUUCCACUUUCUGCUCAAGUGGACAUCAAAGACUGUUCAAUAUUGAUCCUUCUUUCCUGCCCCUUUUGUCAACAUGGUUAGUCUUUCACUCCUACUCAGCCUGUUGACCAAGUAGCACAUUGAAUUAUCUCUAUCAAUUGUAUUUAUUUUUAGUUUAUAGUGAUUUUCAUUUCAUCAUAUUUUUAUUUAGGAUGGCUCGAAUCAAGUUUGCAUCCGACUUUGAUAAAUCAGUACUUCUUAAUAAUUUUGAAAAUCGAUGUUGGAUUCAAGUUGGUCCAGAAGAUGACUGGAAUUUUUAUUGGUACAUAAAGUUUAUAUUUUUUACGAUUAGCCAAGUUAGAUUUAAUAAUAUAAAAUUAAUUUUGUCCAUAUAUAUGUAUAAUUUGUAAAAAAAUAUUUGACAUUAGCUGUAAACAAGUGAAAUAGGUAUUUUGAAAAACAAAAUCAAUGUAUUUAAUGAUUUAAACCAAUGGUGGCCAAACCGCUGCUCGCGAGCCGCAUGCGGCUUUUCUGUGUUCACAUUGUGGCUCGCGAACAAUUUAUGAAAUUAAAACUUUUCGUUUGAAAUAUAUAAUAUCACAAAUAAAUGAAAGUUAAAAAAAAAAAAUCUUGACUGAAACUAAGGGUUGAAAAUAAUUUGGGAUUGAUUUAAAUUUUAAAAGUUGAAGGGAGCGAUUGUUUUCUGAUUAGUUGGUGAUGUGAACUGUUACAUUUCUGGUUCCGGUAGAACUCUGCAUUUCAAAGUAUUGACCAUUACUGUUAGUCCUACUAAAGUUAGUAACUUAUUAUUUAAAAGUUUAAAUCAAAUAUGGCAACAAGUUGCAGGAAACGAAAAUAUAAAGAAGAAAAUAGAAGUCCUCUACCAGAAUGGGAAGAGGACUUUGCAUUUAUCGAUAAAGACGGUGGGCCAAUUUGCUUCAUCUGUCAAACACCGCUAGCAAAUUACAAAGCUAGCAAUUUGAAGCGACACUAUGAAAAAAGUCAAUUGUGUAACUGUAACGCAUAUAUUUCUUCAAUUGUGUAACUGUAACGCAUAUAUUUCUUCAACAUUCGGUCAGGAUUUAAACAAUUGAAAUGUUUAAAUCAUUAAAUUCGAAUAAAAAGUAAUUUUCAAAAAUAAAUCACAAAAGGAAUUUUUAAUUGCGAGUGGGGCCAAGACUCAUAGUGCUUCAAUGCGGCUCUCAACAAUUGUUUUUUAUUUUAAAACUGGCUCUGAGUUACUACAGGUCUGGCCACCCCUGAUUUAAACCUUGAAACUUGAAACCUUCUUCAAAUUUAAAUAAAUUUGUAAUAUCUCUAGGACAAUUUUUUGCAAAAGAAUAUAUUUUCCAUACAAGUACCAUUAAGAAUUUUAAAAACAAUUUGACCACCUCAACUUAACUAGAACUUUUGAUCCAAUUUUAAAAUGAAAGGAUGCUUUUAAUUGCUCUGUAAUUAUGUUUGUUGAUUUUUGUUAUAUCUUUGAUUGCAAACUGGAGCAAUUUAAUGUAAUGUAAAUGAGAAUAACUGUUUUAGAUAAUGAGCUGUUUAUUCUGAUUUUAGGGCAGGAGUUCACAAUAUUAGGAAUGUUUUCAGUGUUGAAAGUGGGUUCAGAUUACAGGAUGACCAGUAAGUAUACAAAAAUGGAGAAAUUACUUUUAAUUUUUCAUAUCAGUGAUUCUCAAAUUUUUUAGAAUGCUGUAGCACUUAGACCAUUUGCAUAAAAAUUAUUUACCACAAUAACUUGUUUAGUAAGUCUAACUUUAUGUCUGUAAAGAUGUUUGUUGAUGUUUUUAACAUCUCUAAUUGCAAAGUGGAGCAAUUUAAAUGUAAUGUAAUUGAGAAUUGCUGUUUUAGAUAACUUCUUAUGUUAGAUAUGCCUUCUAAAGCCCCCAUUUUUAUGUCAGGAAAAGCCUGAAAACUGUAUAACCUGUUUUUAAGUUUAGCCAACAACCCCACUUAUUCUACUGAAAUAUUUGCAAAAAAAGUUGGAUUUAGAAUGGGUAUGUUUGGUACUCAGUCCUUUUUUUUCACUUCCCUUGUCCCAUCUAUCUGGUAAUGUGCAUAAGAUCUAAGAUAUUGAGAUUAGAUGAGACUCAAUGUCUGGGAGGCAAAUGACAUUAAAAUCAGAUCACAUGGAAUUCCUAAAAACGAGCUGUAAUUUUUAUUCUUGCACCUGGUGUCUAGAUCGGGAUCACCAUAUAUCAAGCUUAAUACAACAGUCUCCACUUAUACAUUUUUUUUGGCGCCUGAAAAAAAUCCUGAUGAGAUUUACAAGCAGAAGGCCUUAUUUGUAUUCAAGUUAGAAAUUAAACUACUAAGUAUGAGCUCUCUUACAGAUUCAAUUACAAUUUAAUUUCCAGUCCAGCAUUUAAAUUAAAUUAUUUUUCCAUUGCAACAGAGUCAUAAAUCAUUUUCCCAAUCAUGUGGAACUGACAAGAAAAGAUUUAAUGGUGAAAAACAUCAAGAGGUAUCGAAAAGAUCUUGAAAAAGAAGGAAGUCCUACGGCCGAAAAGGAUGAACUGGGACGCUUUGUACAUUUGGGUUUGCGAAUAAUGAUAGAAAAAUAAUGUGUGGAAUGUAAUUUACAAUAAGGCAUGCUAAAAUUUGCUAAAUUAUUAGGAGAGUAACAAAAUGUUUUAAAUUCUCUCCCUAAAUUUGUAAAACAAUAACUAAUGUUUUAAUUACUCUUAAUAAUAUUAAAAGACAUUUGAUCAUAUAUUGAUAUCACUUGAUAUUUAACAUGAGGGUCCUAGUAUUUUGAUCCAACCAGAUGCAAUCCUAAAGAAACGACUGCAUCAGAAGCAUAAUUAAUAGCAGUCACCAGCAUUUAGAGUUUUUAUUCAUUGCAGUAAUGCAAUCCAGAAAUGUUGUACCACUUAGAAAAAUGAUCAGGUUAUCAGUGUUUAAAAAAUGUAUUAUUCAAUUGAACAUUUUGCCUUGGUAAAAGCUACUUUCACUAUUUUUCCUCAAAACAGUUAUUUUUUCUAUUCAAAUGUAUCAAAUAUGUUUUUUUUAAUGAUUGCUGCAUGCUUUUAUUUCUAUUCAUUUAAUUCCUUGUGAUGAAUGUGCUUUUCAAAAUUUUUGUACUACAGACUUUUAAAUGUAAUUUAGUUUAUUUUUCCCCACAGAUUUCAUCCCACAGACUUUUAUGUUACCAGCUGAUUACAAUCUUUUUGUGGAGGAGUUUAGAAAAAAUCCAAACACAACUUGGAUCAUGAAACCUUGCGGCAAAGGUGAGUUUAAGAAGAUGGACAAAAUAUUGAACAUAUGUUCUUUUGGAUAUGGUGUUUUGAUUAAGAAUCAUUAAAAGUUUUUGUAGUGAAUCAGGCAAGUGUCUUGUAGACCAGCACUUUCCCAAACUUUUAAGUUUGGUGGACCAGUUGACAAGUUUCCCAUCGCACUAGUGCUUCUCAAACUUUUAAGUUUGUGGACCAGUUGACAAGUUUCCCAUCGCACCAGUGCUUUCACAAACUUUCAAGUUUGGUGGACCAGUUGCCAAGUUUCCCAUCGUACCAGUGCUUUCCCAAACUUUUAAGUUUGGUGGACCAGUUGACAAGUUUCCCAUCACACCAGUGCUUUCCCAAACUUUUAAGUUUAGAUGAAAUAGAUAGGUGAACACUGUGAGUUAAAUACUUCACUUUUUUGGAUGAUAAUAAUAUGACAGGAAAGUCUUCGGGUCAGAGUAAUCGAGAUGGGUGCUGGGUACUAAAGGUGUCACAAUUGAAUGACUACGGUGGGCAGUGUGAACCAUUUCUGGUACCAUGUUAUUUAAACUGAAACAGGUAGUCUAGCCAAGUAUGGGAAAGUGUGUGCCCAUCCUGUAUUGUUGUGACGUUGGGGAAAUAUACCUGGUACUCAGAUAUUGGAGUUUGAGAUGGAGAAUGAGACAUUCAGUGAGUAGAAAGCCUGAUACAAGCUGUGUCUUUUAUAUCUAGUGCAAUGCAGUCAGAUAGGAGUUGUGAAGGACAGUAGGAACUAUUCUUGAAAUUAUUUUUUUUAUAAACAAACAUAAGAAUUCAUGUCCAAAUAAAUUCUUGUUGAUGUCAUGUUUCUUCUGAUGAAUUUCCACAACAAAAAAGUGUUGUAACAAAAUUUUGACCAUAGUUUUGGAAGCUGCAUUCUCUGCCACAAUCAACAUCAAGUCAAAAACAAACCUAAUACUUUGACUGGUGAACAUUUACAAAUCUUUUGAGGGCAGGUGCUACUGUUAACUACCUCAAAUUAAGAAAAUUGUUAAUACCAUUUAUAUCAAAAUAUAUCAUUAAAAAAUGCCAUAGUUUUUAUUCCCUUUUUCUUAUACUCUUGGUGACCUGAUAAUGUUAUUGAAUUGGCUAUAUGAAUCUUUAUGCCUAAUUUAAAUGUAAGGAGCAAUUAAAAUAUAAAUAAUUUUAUAAAAAGUAAAAAAAAAAUUUUUUUUUUUUAAAAUGUCAUUUGCAGACCUGGGGUUUAUGGAAAAUGGUUUUUUUUGCCCAUGUAGUCAAAAAGGUGGGACAGCACUAAUCUAAUUUGAUGAGACUUGAUUAACUAUAUUACUAUUAAAUAGUAGCCGUUAACACUUAUAUCUUGUUAAUGCUGUUUUAAAUUUAAAGUAAAGACAUAAUCUGCAUUAACAGUUUUUUGUGUGGCCUACUUACGCUUUCAUUGAGAAUACAAAACAAAUUUUGUAGAAUAAAAAAAUCAUUUUAGCUAACAGUUGUCAUUUAAUGAGAAUUUUUUUUUUAUUGACAAGAAAAUAAAAUAAAAUCAAAGACAGUGCUAUGUUUUAACAUUUAAUAUGGCACAUAGCACCAGCUUCCCAGAAUCUUCUUAAAGUGUAUAACGAGGGGUAUUUUUGUGCAAAAUAUAAUUGAUAAUUUAAGGUUGUUUUGAAAUGAGACUCAAACGACAUGUAACUACACCCACCCCCUCCCCAGUUUCUUGACUAAAGUUGUGCAGACCAGCAAUGUAAGAUUCGCUCAUUGGCGCUGGUCCACCGGCCACCAUUGUUGUAGAGUGCAAAACUCUAUUACUUCUCCGUGUUACAACAUUAAGCAUACUUUAAUUUUGUAAUCAAUAGCCUGACAUAAUUUAUUCUCAUCACAGCUCGAGGAAUAGGUAUAUUUCUAGUAAACAAGUUAUCACAACUGAAGAAGUGGUCCAGAGAUGGGAAAGGCAACUCGUACGUUUUUUUUAAUAUUAAUUUAUUUAAAUUUGAUUCUGGCUUUCAUGUUUAAUUAAUACAGAGAUGAAACAUGAUUUAUCCCUACAAAUAGCUUUCAAAUUUUAGCAUGGUUUCCUCUAAGCUUGUUCAAAAGAUCGGGGAGUUUGUCAGCUAGAUGGAAAUGUUAAAGAUAACCUAAUCAAACACAUGAAUUGCAAUUUUUUUCACAAUUUUGUGUAUUUACUGACUUACUAUUCACAGUUGACUUGUUUAAUUACAGUCUAUAUCUGAAUUGUAAUGUGAAGUUUUUAAAGCUAAUUUCCCAUCUGCAGCUUCACACCCCCAACGGCCAAAGAGACAUAUGUGAUCUCUAAGUACAUUGACAACCCACUUCUGAUUGGAGGAAAAAAGUUUGACCUACGUCUUUAUGUCCUCGUCACCUCAUUUAGACCUCUCAAGUGUUACAUGUAAGUAGCCAACUUAAAUGGAAAGAAAUGUUUAUCAAGUCAUUCAACAGAGUUUAUAUUUUUUUAUCAAUGAAUGUUGCUAUUCCUUCAGUCACACCUUUUACCUUAGCGACUCUGUAAGAAAUAAUUAUUUUCCACUGCAGGUUUUGGCCAUGGAAAUGUAUGACUGGCCAUGGAAAUGUAUGACUUUGAUAAAAUUAUCAUGGUGCCUCAUGAAAACUUGGAAUGAAGAAUGAACUCUAAAACAGCUUUAAAUAUCUUGAUUCCGCAUACAGGUAUCGACUAGGAUUUUGUAGAUUUUGCACUGUGAAGUACAACGCAAGCUUGAAUGAACUGGACAACAUGUUUGUACACCUGACCAAUGUGUCUAUUCAAAAGCAAGGGGUGAGAGAUUUAACCAUUUAAUUUGAUUAACCAGUUUGUACAUUAAAUUUAAAUAUAAUAGAAGGACCUCAGGAGAUUUUAAACUCCUGUUAUCUGUGGAACAUAAUAUAUGUUAAGCUGAUGGUUAGAUGCAGGAGUAAAGAAAAAAAAAGCUAUAAUUUAUUUGAAAAAAACUACAGAUGAUGAAAUUAAACAUUUUUUCAUGUAGAUUAAGUUUGAAGUUUGAUAUAACAGUUGAAACUAUAUGCAAUCAUGUCAUUUUUGGACUCUGCAGCUGGCGCCCUCUACCCCAGCAUUUUUAAUUGAUAUUUUUAAAUAUAUUCAACCCCUUGAGUUGUGUUUUGUCCACCUUGUUCCAUGUGAGGCCUUCUUUCAUCACUUCUCUCAAAUAAAAGAAGAUAACAAUUUUAAAAUUUAAAAAACAUUAAAAAUGACUUGUCUUAAAUUAAAUUUAUAUUGCCAAGCUUAGGUUUGUCCUAACUUCAAUUUAUAUAGCCAAUCUUUAAAUAAACUUGUCCUAACUUCAAUUUAUAUAGCCAGUCUUUAAAUAAGGUUGUCCUAAUUUCAAUUUAUAUUAUCAGUCUUUCAGAGCAAUACUUUAUCUAGUAUGUACCACCUGAAAAUGUUUGUCUCUAUACAUGGCUUGACCACAGAUUAUAAGAUUGACAUUUAGUGGAUAAAAUCUUUAAAUAAUACAUGAUUUUUAACACAUGCUAGAUGGAAUAUUACAUUGCUGUUAGAUUUAGUAAAACUCAAGUAUUUAAUCAAUUUAUUUGUAGGAGGAUUACAAUGCAAUUCAUGGAGGAAAAUGGACAACACAAAAUCUGCGACUCUUCCUGGAGAGCACCAGAGGGAAGGAAGUGUCAGACAAACUUUUCGAUGAAAUCAAUUGGCAGACAGUUCAUUCCUUGAAGGCUGUGGCUGUAAGUAAAACAAGAUAGGGAAUUUUAAUAUUUAGAUUAAUAUUGAUUUUUCUUCAUUGAAUUAUAAUUCAUUGUUGUUAUAACUCACUUAUGGGCAUGCCUGAAUUUUUAAAUUAUUCCUUUAUUAUUAAAGAUCCAGGGAUACACAUAUCUCCCUAUUAAUUAUAAAUCUAAAAAAAUUCUAUAAUCUAUAGGAGAAUUUGAUUGACAUCUUUUACAGGGUGUUGUUUCCAAUGACAGACAUUGCUUUGAGUGUUAUGGGUAAGAAAUGUAGAUGUAAUUGAUAACUUAUCUAACCUUUAUUCUUGUAGACUAUUAGUCUUUAUGACUUGUGAUGAGAUUGAGAGCCUGUACAUGUAUAAUUUAUCAAAGAUAAUUUGCAAGCAUUAAAGCUUCAUUCAUAUUUUGGGUACUAUUUAAAAAAAUUAAAUCUAAAUCUUGAGAUAUUUCAAAUACUUUGGAUUAAAAAUUAAUGUUUUUCUCAGUGACAGUUGUGAUUAUUUGCGCAGGUAUGACAUCAUCAUUGAUGAUAAUCUCAAACCUUGGCUCAUAGAAGUAAGUUUUUAAACUCUCUAACCUCCUUUUAACCCCUUCAAAAUAAUAAUAUAGCUGUGUCUGUUUUGUAGCUUCAUAAUUCUUACUUUGUUAUAUUGUUAAGCAGUUUAAAAAUGAAAAGUUGUGUCAAACAGGUGAAUGCCUCACCAUCCCUGUCUGCCACCACAUCCAGUGAUAGAAUUAUGAAGUACAGGCUGAUUUCAGAUGUCAUCAAUAUUGUGAUACCUCCCGGGGAAUUACCAGAGUAAGCUCUAAAACUGUUAAUUUUAUUUAGUCUCAAAUAUCUUAGUGAGUUCAUGUAAUUUGUUUUACCUGAUUCUUUAUUAUAUUUAAUCAUGUGAUUCUAUUUAUAUCAUAUGUCUGUGAAUGGUCAUAUGUCUAACCAUGAAAAUUCAUAAAAUAAAUUAUGUUAAUGUAUUCAUUUUAUUAUACGUUCCAGUGUAAGGUGGAGCAAGAUCCCUGACAAGGAGAACUACGGCCAUUUUGAUUUGUUGUAAGAUUUUUCGUAUACUAAUCGUGUAUCUUCCAUCAAUAUUUAUUUAUUAAAGAUAAUCAGGGGGGGGGGUUGAAAAUAUGAUGAGAUGGAAUAAUUACCAUUGUCAUUAUCAUUACACUCAGCCCCACUGCAAGUGUCUCUAUGAACAUUGAAUAUUAUAUAUAAAUAGAAAUUUCUGUAUGUUCGUUUAAGUUUACCCACUGAUUAAUAGGUUACACUGUUGAAAUUUUGGCUACAGUAAGAAAUAUAACUGGGAAAAUAUUAAUUUAAAAAAAAAAUGGAUCUGCUAAAUAAAAUAAAAAACCCAUCCUGUCAUGGUUGUGACAUCCAUGAUAUUGUGAUAUCCAUGAAAUUGUGACAUCCAUGAAAUUGUGAUAGUUCUAGCACACAAUGAGAUAUCUGAAGAUGCACCAAUUUGAUGAAGUAGUUAAUGUUAAUUUAAUAACUUUUUAAGUCAUCUUUCAUUUCCAGAUUUCCUUUUUACUUAGAUAAUAAAAAAAAAAUCAUUCGUUUUGUAUAGAAUAAAUUGGUUGCAGAAGAGUAAGAAAACAGCAACCAAGUAACGCAUCAUAGAGUAUAAUCUAAAUCUCACCAGAUCUUUAAUUUCUCAAUGAAUCUAAGUAAUUCAUUUGAUAAAUUCAUGCCUACUACCAAUACACCAUUAUAUUUAAAUAAAUUAUUUUAAAUUUAAUAAUUUAAUUAAGCAGCCAUGAAAAUGCUUAAGUGUUGAGCUACUGUAAAAUGUAUAUCUUACAUCACGAAGGAUUAACAAGUGAGUUAGUUUCCUUGUUCCAGAUAUGACGAGGAGUUAGCCAACUUAGAUCUAAACAAUCCAGACUUGCGUGCCAAGACAGGAACGAUGAGCUCUGCUAUGAGAGGAAACCCAAGGGACAUUCGCAAGGGAUCUCAAGCCACUUGGAAAUGAAUUAACUACUCUUGAAAAAGAUCUCAGUUAAUUGAUGAAAAGUAAUCCAUUUACUUUAAACAGCUAUUUAUUAUUCAGGCCAACAAAAACAUUCUAGGAAAAUGGAUUUUUGGCAAAGUAAAACAUUUUUGUUGGGCCAAUGAAAACAUUUUAGUUGGGCAACUGUAAUUAAAAACUAAGUACACAUUUCCUUAAAAGAAUUGUAUUGGGUUAAGAAUGGAUAAAACCAUGUGUUGCAUAUUAUAUAUUACACAGCAGGUCAACUCAACUCAAAUUAAAAAAAGCAUCCCUGUGAAAGGGCUGCUUAACUGCUUCUAAUCUUUUCACUACCUUAAAACAGCUACUUUGUUACAAGCAGUGAACUUCACAAUUAGGUCAAUUGACCAAACAGUAAUCCACUCUUGACUUAUAGGAUUUUAUUUAAUCCUCUUGUUAGGGUAACUCUAAAUGAAAAAGACUCAGCGAACUGAGUUAUCGUUUCAUCUUGAAGUAAAUAGAAAAAAAAUCGGCCCUUGACCUUAAAAUUGGUUUGUAAAAAUAUUUAAAGCUGAAACUGUUUCAUGUUUUUUGUUCAUAAACAUGACAUCAUAAAUAUGACAUGACAAAUAUGACAUUACAAAAUGACAGCAUAAACUUAAAGAGAACAUUCAAAUAUCAUUCCAAUUUGAUUUUCAUUUCCAUUAGUUUAAGUUUAAAUUUUUCUCUUUAUUAAAACAUUUACAAAAAUUAGAAUCAAGUUAAUACAUAGG